GUGACUUAAUCGUCAUUACAGGGACAGUACCGGGAACAACUCGAUACAACGUUCGUUAUGUCAGGGAAAGUAGCUAUGUUUCUUGCCCUGUUUGCGCUAUGUAUUGGCAUCUACUCCGUUGAUGCUCACGCUCUGAAACCAAGAAGUUUACACGCUUCGUGCACGAUUCAUUGGCAAUUCAAGUUAAAUUGUAGCCAUGUAAAUGAAGCUAUUGUCACAGAAAUCAAAGCUUUGAGUGGUGAUGCUGGCUGCAAGAAUGGAGGAGAAAAAUGCUUGUAUAUUCUGGUGAAAUCUUCUCCAGAAGAAGUAAAGGCAAUUCAUGAGACGCCAAAAAAACAUUACAAGGAUGAUCUGACUUUCACUUUCACCAGUUCUUCUGAUUCUGCAUGUGCUGUCAAGGGCUACUCAACAUCAGAAUUGUGGUAUGCAAUUCUUGACUAUGGAACCAACUACUGCAACCUUCAUAAUCUUAUCACUGGUUCAGGACUGGACAAAACAGAAGGUUAUGUGGAGGAAACUAGCGAUAGUGUUUGCACUCAGUAUUCUAAACGUAACUGUGACAAGUACUAAAAUAUGACUAUGCAACCUGUGUCUGAUGGGAUGACAGUGGCAACAGAAGUCCAUCUGACUCUAUGAACAUUCUGUUUUUUCUCUGAAAUUAUUCCUUUUGUAGAAGCUUUGUGAUAAAAAAAAAUAAAUAAAAAUGUACCAUAA